CCCUCUCGCAGAACCAUCAUCGACCACAGAAACAAAGACCCAUCUUGCUAAAUCCUCUCCUCUCUCUCUCUCUCUUCAUCAUCGUCGACUUAUUAUCUCUAAAAAUGUCUUCUUGUACUUUGUUCAGAAUCUCACGAGUAAAAAAGCCCAUGGCUUUAUCUUCCUUGCCGACUAUUUCUGUCAAUAGCAAGUUUCAGGCUUGAGAUUCUGACACAUUCUGCGAAAUGGGUCUUGUAAAAACCGCAUGGCUUCCUUUGCUUCUAUGGGUUUUCUCAGCAUUGUGCUUCAGGGUUCAUCACUGUUAUGGCUCUGAGCUUUCCAUCAAGUUCCUGAAAGCACCUUCCGUCAAUUCUAGGUUUAACUCCACAACGUUUGUGUUUCAAGCGUUUGUGGAUAAGAACAGAACUUGUUCAAGCUGCAAACUGCGUUGCAAGCUAGAUGACCAAGCCGGUUUGGACUGCCACCGAGGAAAGAUUUCGUACUCGAAGUUGCAGGAUGGAAACCAUACAUUUGAGGUCUGUGCAAGAGAAAGACGAGGGUUUCGCUGUUUUAGCUAUAACUGGACUGUCGACACAAUUCCUCCAACAGCUUAUGUAAAUGCAUCAAUGCCCUUCACAAGUGCGCGGAAUGUGACUGUUAAUGUUUCGUUCUCUGAACCGUGCAUUGGUGGAAGAGGUUUCAGAUGUUCAUCCUCGAAUUCCUGCGACCUUCUCGUCUAUGGUGCUGGCCAAGUAAUACCAUCUUCUUUCACUGUUCUUGAACGGUAUCUUAGAUAUUCACUUCUUGUCGGGUUAGCUCCCGAUCUUCAAUACAGGCGAGUUGUGCUGGUUAUGAACAAGAAUGUUUGUUCUGAUGCUUCUGGCAACAAGUUCAAGAGAGUUACAGGCUCACGUUUUCUCAUCCAUUUCGACAGAAGAAAUGUCUUUGUCAACCUGCGAACUCAUGUCCCGGAGAAGUUGCUUAAGCUAGAUAACCGAACUAGAACGGUUCAGGCAACCAAUGAUUAUGACAAGAUGAAGGUUUACUUGUAUUUCUCAGAACCGGUUCUUAAUUCUUCAGCCGAGAUUUUUACCCUACUGAGCAUAAACCAAGGUGGAUUACUUCCCAUCGAUGGAGAAACCCGUGGAAAUCGAAGAUUUGCAUUUAUGGUAACGAAUGCAUCUCGGGUUGCUAUAGUAACGGUGGCCCUUGACCCGAAAUCCAUAAGAAGCAGAAAUGGAACCCCGGCUUCUCCAACUGCACCGCUAACUUUUCUAUAUGAUACGGAGAGACCUCGUGUUGUAUUGAACACAACAUCUGGUAUGAGGACGCGAAAACAUGUCAUCCCUAUGUGGAUUAAGUUCAUGAAACCCGUUUUCGGGUUUAACUCCUCGCUCAUAUCGAUUUCUGGUGGACAUUUGUGGAGUUUCGAGGAACUCAAUCGGAGCCUAUACAUUGUAUACAUACAAGCCAACACUAGCCAAGUCACUGUCAAGAUUCCCGAAAACGUUACCGAAGAUGUGGCGGGAAACAAGAACCUUGCAUCAAAUAUUCUUGAAGUGAGACACUGCAUUUGUGUUCACAAUGUGCCCGCAGAUUCUAUGCCGGUAAUAUCUUCCGUGAGUAGUUUGGUUUCAACAUCCAUUUUCUUGGCGACAUCUUUCGUUUCGGGACUCCUCACUCUUUCUACCGCAAACCUUCAGUCUCUCGGAGCAUUUCCAAGACCAUCUCCUUUGCUGACAUCGGACCCAACUCGGAUUCUUUUCAGAACUGCCUGUCACAUUCAGUUUUUCGCACUCUCUAGAUGGCUACCGGUUACAUUCCCGGUCGAGUACUAUGAAUUUGUGAGAGGGAUCCAAUGGAUAAUCCCGUAUUUUCCGCUACCGUGGGAAGCUAAGCACAAUGAACAGAUAAUGGUGGCCUCAAAUCCCCACAAUGGCCCGUAUUCUUUCCUUUCUGAAACUCUCAACAACAAGCAGACUGAAAUGAAUACAGAGUCGGUGUUUGGAUUGCCUCUCACCGCAGUGGAAUACAGAUGGUUUUUUGAGACACCAAAUCUCAAGCCGGAAGCAGAACGCUUUCUUGAUCAAUGGCAUUCAUCAGUGUGGAGAGAUUUCUACAGGAUCAUGUUCUGGAUAGCCGUAAUUGGAGGCAGUUUAGUGGUGCUGCAUCUACUUUUGUAUCUGAUACUGAAAUUUAAGCAGAGAAACUCCGAGAAGAAGAAGAUGAGCUUCGGUGCUUUUGUUUUCCCGAGAAUCGAGCUCUUUCUUCUCAUUCUUCUUCUACCCUCUGUCUGCAAAGCUGGAAGGAGCCUGAUACAAGGCUAUUUCAAGCAUCGGGGAACUGCAGAAGCGAGAGUAGUGGUCGGUAUUAUCGUGCUUUGUGUAGUGCUCCUUCUGCUUCUGGCUCUGUUUCUGUUCCUUUCGAUAGGCAUAACUUUCGGGAAGCUACUACAGUACAAAGAAGUUCAUCAGGAAGGGGAGAAGUUUCACUGGUAUCAAGAACUCAUCCGUGUGACCCUCGGUCCUGGAAAACGAGGCCAAUGGACAUGGAAAACACAACAGAACUCUGUUUAUCUAACUAUGUUUGGUCCCCUGUUCGAAGAUCUAAGGGGCCCUCCAAAGUACAUGCUGUCUCAGAUUUCCGGAAGCAAUCCCCUCAAGCAAGAUGAUCGCAUCAUUGCAUCAGACGACGAGACUGAAGAUGCUGAAGCUCCGUGCAUUCAGAAACUCUUCGGAAUCCUCAGAAUUUACUACACGUUUCUCGAAACCGGGAAGAGGGUUUCCCUCGGGAUCAUAGCCGGUGGUUUCUCGGAGAACGAAACUGCAAAAACUCCUCUACUGAUCAUCUUGUGCAUCACAUCUUUCCAGCUCUUCUUCCUUGUUCUGAAAAAGCCCUUCAUCAAAAAAAAGGUUCAGUUGGUAGAGAUCAUCUCCAUCACAUGCCAAGUCGGUAUCUCGGCCACAUGCUUAGUCCUCGUCGAGAGAAGCUUUCAAGAAACGAGCGAGAAGAAACUCGGGAUAUUCAUGGUCACGCUGUUCUUGAUCGGGUUCGCAGCCCAGAUGACCAACGAGUGGUACGCAUUGUACAAACAAACAAAGAGGUUAGAUCAGAUCAACAGAUCGUUCUUGAGCGGGGUCAAGUUGUUCGCCAUUGGAAUCUUCUCGCUUUUCCUCCCCAAGAAGCUGAUCAAGAACAAGCUCCCAGCGGCUGAACAAGAGGGAAACGCCGAUGAUAUCCUGGGAGCCCUCUCUGCAGACAAUAAGUACAGAUCCUCUACUGGAAGCAGAAGCUCUGGCAGUACGGAAAGACCGUGGCUGAGACAUCUGAGGGAAAUGGCCAAGGCAAGCUUCACGAGAGACAGAAGCAGAAGCAGAAGCAGUGGUAAGAGCCCCAAUGAUCCAUCGGGGAGCAGAAGUGGAUGGAGCGGUCUCUGGGCAAAUAAAAGAAGUGGAAGCUCUUCUAAAGACUCGCCCUCUGACCUCAGGCCGAGACCUAAAGGUCUGUAUAAAGAUUUAGAGGCUAUCUUUGCUUCAAAAUGAAGACAAUGUUGGUGUUUUUUUUUUUUGUGUUCCUUUGGCUCAUGUACUGUUUAAACUGUAAGGGUCCAUCAAUUUUUAUAUACC